AAUGGAGGCAAGCGUUACACACUAGGAUCGGAAUCUGUCUCGCGUCCUGACUCCUCCGCCACCUAUCGCCACCUACUACCACCCUGUCAUAUCUCUCUCCGCCGCCGGUAAUUCCAUUACAGUUGGAAGAAGUAUUUAUAUAACCACAUCGAGUUACGCGGUUAUAUUGCAUAGAUAUAUACAGUCGGAGUUAGAGAGUUGAGAGAGAGAGAGAGAGAAAGAGAGAUCGGAGAAUGGCGUCGAAGAAGUUCAUUGUAGAGGUGGAGCCGGCGAUUGAGGCGAAAGAUGGAAAGCCGUCGAUGGGGCCUGUCUACCGUAGUGUGUUUGCUAAAGAUGGUUUUCCGCCUCCAAUCGAUGGUUUAGAUUCAUGUUGGGACGUUUUCCGCCUCUCAGUGGAAAAAUACCCCAAUAACCCAAUGCUUGGUACCCGUGAAUUUGUAGAUGGAAAGCAUGGAAAAUAUGUGUGGUUGACUUACAAACAAGUAUAUGACAAGGUGAUACGUGUUGGAAAUGCCAUCCGUGCAUGCGGUGUUGAGCCUGGAGGAAGAUGUGGGAUCUAUGGUGCCAAUUGUGCAGAAUGGGUUAUGAGCAUGGAGGCUUGUAAUGCUCAUGGGUUAUACUGUGUACCUCUAUAUGAUACCUUAGGUCAUGGUGCUGUAGAAUUCAUCAUUUGCCAUGCUGAGGUUACACUUGCUUUUGUAGAAGCUAAAAAGAUCCCUGAGGUGCUAAAAACAUUUCCAAAAGCUGGAGAGUAUCUAAAAACAAUUGUGAGCUUUGGCAAAGUUACCCCUGAACAAAAAGAACAAUGUGAAGGUUUUGGUGUAGCAAUACAUUCAUGGGAGGAGUUCUUGUCAUUGGGUGAUGAUAAACAGUUUGAGCUCCCACUGAAGAAGAAAAGUGACAUCUGUACAAUAAUGUACACUAGUGGGACAACUGGUGAUCCAAAAGGUGUUCUAAUUUCAAAUAACAGCAUUGUGACACUUAUAGCUGGUGUUCAUCGUCUACUAGGGAGUGUAGAUGCAUCAUUGGAUUCAAAUGAUGUUUAUCUCUCGUUUCUACCCUUGGCACAUAUAUUUGAUCGGGUGAUUGAAGAAUGUUUUAUCAAUCAUGGAGCAUCUAUAGGGUUUUGGCGUGGGGAUGUUAAAUUGCUGAUUGAGGACAUAGGGGAGCUAAAACCUACUAUUUUCUGUGCUGUUCCUCGUGUCUUGGAUAGGAUUUAUUCAGGUUUGCAACAGAAAAUUUCUUCUGGGGGUUUUCUCAAAAGCAAAUUGUUUAGUCUUGCUUAUGCAUACAAGUUACGUAAUAUGAAGGGAGGGAAAAAACAUCCAGAAGCAUCUCCAUUAAGUGACAAAAUUGUCUUCAGCAAGAUAAAACAGGGGCUAGGAGGUAAUGUACGCAUUAUUCUCUCUGGAGCUGCACCACUAGCUCCACAUGUAGAAGCUUUCCUAAAAGUAGUAACAUGUUCUCAUGUCCUUCAAGGAUACGGGCUAACGGAAACCUGUGCUGGAUCAUUCGUGUCACUACCAAACGAAAUGGAAAUGGUGGGCACCGUGGGCCCACCCGUACCCAAUUUAGAUGCCCGUUUGGAAUCUGUUCCUGAGAUGAAUUAUGACGCCCUUUCAAGUAAACCACAAGGAGAGAUAUGUAUUCGAGGAGAUGUUUUAUUUGCUGGCUAUUAUAAAAGAGAAGACCUUACUGCAGAAGUCCUUGUUGAUGGCUGGUUCCAUACAGGUGAUAUUGGUGAGUGGCAACCUGAUGGAAGCAUGAAAAUUAUUGAUCGCAAGAAAAACAUAUUUAAGCUCUCACAAGGAGAAUAUGUGGCUGUUGAAAAUCUUGAGAAUGUAUUUGGACUUGUUUCUGAUCUUGAUUCGAUAUGGAUCUAUGGGAACAGCUUUGAGUCUUGUCUUGUUGCUGUUGCGAAUCCAAAUAAGCAAGCAAUUGAACAUUAUGCUGAAGCACAUAACAUUUCUGGGGAUUUUGAAGCUUUAUGUGAAAAUCCCAAAAUUAAAGAAUAUGUAUUGGGAGAGCUCACUAAAGUCGGAAAAGAAAACAAGUUGAAAGGUUUUGAAUUUGUGAAAGCGAUCCAUCUUGACCCUGUUCCUUUUGACAUGGAGCGUGACCUUUUGACCCCAACAUUCAAGAAGAAAAGACCCCAGUUGCUCAAAUACUAUCAGAGUGUAAUUGAUAACAUGUACCAGAAAAUUAACAACAGGUGAAUGGCUUCGUAAUGAUAUGGUGUCUCCUCAUCUCCUUUAGCGUUUAUUUUAUAUGUUUAUGUUUGAAGUGUAUUUUCUUUUGAAUAUGUGAUUGUACAGCUUUGGUGUGUUAUAUUUUGAGAUGAUUUGUAAGAUCACAUUGAAGUCGAAUUUUAUUAUGCUUUUUUUUUUUAAUAUCUAUCAAGAAUUGCAUGGA